CACAACUCAAACCAAGCACCAUGCGCACUACAAUUUCUACGAUCAUUGCUAUCCUCGGGGCUACAGCUUUGGCUGAAGGCAGAACUCAUGGGUCUGUUCUAGCCCCGCGUCAUUAUCUAUACAGUCGUCCGAGAGAUGCCUUCGAUCUAGUAAGCGACAUGUUUUCUAUACCCUAUUUCAAUCAAGACAUACUGCCUUCGCAGUCAAACACUUUCCUGCGCCAAAUGCAUUCGCAGCUUGAUAGAGCGGCUCGUUCCGAGACGCCCCGGUACGAUGUAUAUCAGGAUCCUGAAACCGGAAUGAUUGAAAUGACAAUGGAAGUCCCUGGAAUUCACGCUAGAGACCUCACUGUGGAACUUGAGAAUAAAAGGCUUCUAAGAAUCAAAGGAUCCCGCAAAUCGAGGCAAAAUGGAUCGCUUCAAGAGUCAACUUUUGAGCAGUCGUUCCAAAUUGACGAAAAUGUCGAUCCCGACAACUUGAAGGUGACUCUUUCCGCUGGAAUUUUGCGGAUUCAAGCUCCAAAGAAAGAACGCCUCGUCAAGCGCCUCGACAUCGCCACCACUGGAGAGGAAGCGAGCUUGAUGGUAGAGUCGAAGGCGGAUGCAGUACAUGACGAGUCAAAAGAAAAAACCGUGGACGGUCUUGAGAUCUCGACCGAGGAUCUUGUGUAGCUCAGGCCACUGGACAAAGGAGCCAUUAGAUUUAAGAUUCUUUGCUUAAACGCUUAGUAGAAGUAUUGUUAGAUGAC